AUGUGUGGUUUGCAUAACCAUGAUUUGUGUUUGAAAUUAGUCGGUCAUCCUAAUGUAUGUCGGCUCAAGCCGAAAGAGAAGGAAUGCAUUAGUGACAUGACCUUGAAACUUAUUCAACCAAAAAAUAUACUUGCAGCAUUGAAACGGAAGCAACCCGACAAUAUAGCAAAUAUCAAGCAAGUGUAUAACAUUUGGUACCUCGUUAACAAGACGAUUAGGGAGGAUAGAAGUGAGAUGCAAUAA